AUGCUGAAUUUAUCCCCAGAAAUUAAAUGUCUUGUUAAAAUACAUGCUUGUAGUUUUCUAAAAAAUGCUGCUCAUUCUUUAAAAGAUUUGAGUAGAUUUCUGAACAUUUCGUUUGUUAAAAUAAUUAAUGUGGAGGCAAAUAAUGAGGAACUACUUAAACCGAGUUUAUAUUCAAUUUAUAUCCCUGAUAAUCCUCAUAUUAAACCGUUGGUAAAUGAACAACUGUGGGUUUCUUCCAAGAAUCUGUUGAUGAAUGAAUACUUUCUUAACGAUAAAUUUGAUUUAAUUAACGCAGGAAAUGAAUUGUUAAAGUUAAUAACUUGGUAUCUUUCUUGGAAUAAAAUGCUUGAAUCUCCAAUUACAAGUUUCAGUGCUCAGAAUAACUCUCCAUUUCAAGUAUGUGUAAUUGCUCCUAAUUUACUGUUGGGUUGUGUAAUGACAUAUCCAUACUUGAUUAAAGAAGUUCCUGUAACGGUAUUGCUUUGUACCAGCGCAGAAUACAAUUCAACUGAACAUGGAAUAAACAAAAACUAUUUAGGAUUGUUAAAUAUCAUCUGUUUUUCUGAUUUCAUUUCCACUACGAAAAAACUAUUAAACUACACCCGAAAUUUGGGAUUCUGCACAGUGAUCAUAUGCCCAAAUAUAGAGCUAGAGGAAGAAAUUAUUAUACGUUUGGCACUGGGAGGAAUAUCUGAAAACGGGAACAUAAUAAUUUCAAGACAAGUCGAACAGUUAAGUAGCAUUGAAUGUUCUAUACUAUUUCAAAAAAGAUGUACGAUAUCAUUCUGUAAUCAAAGUUUUAACCCAAUUAGUUGGAUAACGCACUUCGUAAGCAACCAUAUGUUUAUUGAUAGUACGCCUAAUAUUUUAAAUAGUGAAAUCUCAAAAACAAAUAUUGACGGUGAGUGCGUAACAAAGAUAGAAAAUAAAUUAUCAUAUGUCCUCGUUUCUGAUGUUCAAAAUUAG